ACAGCGAGAGGUCGAUUCCAAUCCUCGGGCAGCACUGAUGACGACCAAAGUGGAUCGGACAUAGAUCACGAAAGUUCAUCACUCCGUGGUCGAAAACAAAGAAUAUUGCUUCACUCCGUCGCGCACGGAGUGCGUAAACGUCGGGGCAACUUACCUAAACAAUCUGUUAAAAUUUUGAAGCGAUGGCUGUAUGAGCAUCGUUACAACGCCUAUCCGAGUGACAAUGAAAAAACAUACCUCAGCCAAGAAGCUAAAUUGACUAAUCUUCAGGUGUGUAACUGGUUUAUAAACGCAAGGCGUCGUAUUCUUCCGGAAAUAAUAAGACGUGAGGGUCAGGAUCCUCUGCAAUACACAAUUUCACGUCGCGGCAAAAAGAUGCCAGGUGGAAAUCAUCAUCACCAGCAGGCGGCUGGUUUAAGUCCCAAUGCGAGUCGCGGCUGGGAUACAACAAUGUCUAACAGUCCCUCUACAGCACGUAGACACAGCCGUGAUUAUGAGGAUCACGUUAUGUACAGAAGUGAGGAAGACAGUCCAAAUGAUUAUGAAAGUAGUUCUCAUAGUGAAGAAGAACGUCCAUCAUCACAAUGGCCAAGUGUUAUCGUAUAUCCAUAUUCAGAGACAAAAGUUGAGCCGUCAAAUGAAUUAAAUUACGACGAGGCAAUAAAUCACCCUGCACGACGAGGAGAGGAAUGCCAAGACAACAAACCAGGAUACUGGAGCGCACCACGAGCGCACUUAUCCUCAGAACGGCAAGGAGAGCCCUGUGGAAGCAGUUCCAGUAAUAAGAAAUAUUACUCAAUCACCGAGUUGAAUGACGAAUUGAUCCGCCAAAGUGUGGCAGGAUGGGUCCCUAACAAAGAAAACAAGGGUCCAUUUGCAAAAGACAUCCCGACAUCGAGCUUAGUACUGCUGGUGAACACAGCUAUUGCUCUUGAUAAGUGGGAAAAUCAAGUUAACUCUGCUCAGUAA